AUGUCGCGGAAGAAGGCGGCUCGCAGCAAGGGCGGCGGCGGCGGCGGCGGUGCUCCCUCCGCCGCGCUGCCCCCCGCCGCCCAGGGAGCCGGCCGUGCCGGUGCCGCCGCCGCCCCGCGGGGCUCGGCGCCCGUCCCCGAGCUGCCCCGCAACGGUGGGGCGGCGGCCGGGCGGCCCUCGUUGAGCAGCAGCGGCGAGUUCUACGAUCUUGCCUUUAAGGUGAUGCUGGUGGGCGACUCGGGGGUCGGCAAAACCUGCUUGCUGGUGCGGUUCAAAGACGGCGCUUUCCUCGCCGGCAGCUUCAUUUCCACAGUUGGAAUCGACUUCAGGAAUAAGGUGCUGACGGUGGAUGGGGUGAAGGUGAAGCUGCAGAUCUGGGACACGGCCGGGCAGGAGCGCUUUCGCAGCGUCACCCACGCCUACUACCGGGACGCCCACGCCCUGCUCCUGCUCUACGACGUCACCAACAAAGCGUCGUUCGACAACAUUCAGGCUUGGCUGACAGAGAUUCAUGAAUACGCACAGCAAGACGUGGUCCUCAUGUUACUGGGAAACAAGGUGGAUUCAGCCCAGGACAGAGUGGUGAAAAGGGAAGAUGGAGAAAAAUUAGCCAAGGAGUAUGGAGUGCCCUUUAUGGAAACCAGCGCAAAAAGUGGCCUCAAUGUUGAAUUAGCGUUCACAGCCAUUGCAAAGGAACUGAAGCACAGGUCCAUGAAGCUGCCCAACGAGCCCAAAUUCAAGCUCCACGACUACGUGAAGAAGGAAGGGAGAGGCUCGGGCUGCUGCAGGUCCUAAUGCGCUCGGUGCAUUUGUACAGAGACUCAUGCCAAGUGUUUGUGCGCCGCGCUCUCUCCUCGUGGACAACGUGUGCAUGUCUGUCUGUCGUGUCUGUAUCUGCCUAAAAGGUGAGCUGAGACGUGGGGAAUGGAAGGAGCCGCAGAAAAAGCUCUCUCGGAUGGGGCGGAUGCUAGCCGUGCUGCGGCCGUGUGCCAGGCGCUGCUCCCCGAGCCCCCAUCGCAUCCAUCCGCACUGCGAGCCCUCCGGCUUCCCUCGCCGGUCGCUCCCGCCUGGCUCGCAGCCGCUCGUCCCCGUGCAGGUGGGAGGUGGGCGUUCGGGAAGGGACU